AUGCCACAGCAGUCCUUCCACCACUACUUCGAAGCUUCGUCUUCUUUUACUCUCUUUCUCACCCCAGCACAGACCAAAACCCCCAAAAGGCAUUCCAUCCUGCCCCCGCUUCCCCUCCCCACUCAAACUUACAACCUUCUGGACGACUACUGGACUCGACUUCUGUCAUCGAAACGCUCAUCCCCAGAUGGCACUACAACAGCACCCGUCACUGGCACCCGCUCGGCCCUUUCGCCCAUUUUGGUGCAAGAACCGUCUCUCGAUCGGUAUACGAUCUUCAAUGGCAGCCUCGGCCAGCCCGUCAUGAACCCAGUCAGCGUACAGCUAGCGACCAGUCAGGUUGUCUCUCGCCCUGGGAUUGUUGUUUCGCGCAAUGUACGACUCCGGUCGCACAGCCGAAUGUUGAGACUUUCUUCUCCGACCGUAAGCUCCCCCCAUGAACGACCGACGAGCGAUAUCCGGGAAUCCUGGGGAAUCCUGGGGGGUCUCCUAGAGACGCCUUAG